CUCGGAUACCGAACCUGAGAUUCGGAUUGGGAUACAGUUUUCUCGAUUUUUGAUUUCCUCUUUUUUAGGCGGUGAGGCAGAUUGAAGAAGAGAUUUUUCCUUCCCUUAAAGGUCGAACUGUUCUACUUCAGCAAUUUCUCCGACUGAUUGAAAACCCUACUUUUGUUUUUGUUUCGGAGAAUUAGUUUCAAAUUUCCUGCUUCACAUACUGUUUUGCGUAAAGUUCUUUUCUUCAGAAAGAAUUGGAACCGUUUGAAGCACCAAAACAUUCUGGUUGUUGAGUAGAAUUAGGGCUCGAGCUAUGGUGAUCGGUGUUGCAUGGAUGCCAGGAUCGGUAAUGUAGGCCGUGAUCUGUCUUGGCAGUUGGAUCAGAGGUGCAAAUUGUGAUCGUUUUAGCUCUUCUGAUCAGUUUUGAAGCUCUCUUUUGAAUUUUUCCUCCCUUUUUGUGUUCGUCUUUAUCGAGUUGGAAAUCCAGCCAUGGCUCAGAGUAACUGGGAAGCGGAUAAGAUGCUCGAUGUCUACAUUUACGAUUAUUUGUUGAAAAGAAACCUGCAUGCUUCUGCAAAGGCCUUUAUGACUGAAGGGAAGGUCGCUGCAGAUCCAGUUGCAAUUGAUGCUCCUGGAGGAUUUCUUUUUGAAUGGUGGUCUGUCUUUUGGGACAUCUUCAUUGCAAGAACAAAUGAGAAGCAUUCUGAGGUUGCUGCGGCUUAUAUAGAGGCACAACAAAUCAAAGCAAGGGAGCACCAACAACAAGUACAAAUGCAGCAACUGCAACUCAUGCAGCAACGGCAUGCUCAUGCUCAAUUGCAACGAAGGGAUCCUAAUCAUCCUUCGCUUGGCGGGCCGAUAAAUGCAAUGAACUCUGAAGGAAUGCUGGGGCAGCCUAAUGCUAGUGUCUUGGCGGCAAAAUUGUACGAAGAACGAAUGAAACAUCCUCACUCGAUGGAUUCAGAUGCGCCCCCACAACUUCUUGAUGCUAGUAGAAUGGCCCUUAUGAAAUCAGCAGGCAAUCACCCAGGCCAGUUGGUCCAAGGUAGUCCGGGAAGUGUGUCUGCGGCACUACAGCAAAUGCAGGCACGGACUCAGCAGACAGCUGAUAUCAAGAGUGAAGUUAACUUGGGUGUAACCCAAAGAUCUUUGCCUAUGGAUCCUUCAUCAAUUUAUGGACAGGGGAUUAUGCAGUCAAAAUCUGGACUAGGCAGUGCCGGAUUGAACCAAGGCGUCAGUGGUCUUCCUUUGAAGGGUUGGCCCUUAACUGGCAUUGAUCAAAUUCGGCCAAAUUUAGGGGCACAAGUACAAAAACCAUUUACACAGAACCCAAAUCAAUUUCAGCUUCUGACUCCACAACAACAACAACAAUACUUGGCACAGGCUCAGGCACAAGGCAACCUUGGUAGUGCACCUAACUAUGGUGAUAUGGACCCCCGAAGAUUUAGGGUUUUACCUAGGGGUAACUUGAACUCAAAAGAUGGUCAACCUACAGGAAAUGAUGGAUCUAUAGGUUCUCCAAUGCAAUCAAGUUCACCAAAGGUUAGAGCGCCUUCCCAAGAUCAAGCAGAAUAUCUUAUGAAGAUAAAAAUGGCCCAGAUGCAGCAGUCUACCUCUCAGCAACCGCAGGACCAACUACAGCAACAACAACUGCAGCAGAACAACAGAAAGAGGAAACAACCAACUUCUUCUGGAGCUGCUAACAGUACUGGUACAGGGAAUACAGUGGGCCCUUCUCCUAACUCCCCACCAUCUACUCCAUCGACUCAUACACCUGGUGAUGCGGUGGCUAUGGCUGGUGGUCUGCCACAUGUUAGCAGCAUGCCGAAAAGUCUGUUGAUGUAUGGUCCAGAUGGGACAGGUGGCCUUGCAUCAUCAUCAAAUCAGCUGGAAGACAUGGAACAUUUUGGAGAUGUUGGUUCAUUGGAUGAUCAUGUGGAUUCAUUUCUUUCACAUGAUGAGGGAGAUGGAAGGGAUAUAUUUGGCACAUUAAAACGAAGUCCAACUGAGCACAAUACAGAGUCUUCUAAGGGUUUUAGCUUCAACGAAGUUGGUUGCAUACGGACAAGCAAUAGUAAAGUUGUCUGCUGUCAUUUCUCAUCAGACGGAAAAAUAUUGGCUAGUGCUGGACACGAGAAGAAGGCUGUUCUUUGGAACAUGGACACACUCCAAACUGAGAGCACUCCAGAAGAACAUACAGCUAUCAUAACAGAUAUUCGUUUUAGACCAAAUUCAACUCAGCUGGCAACGUCUUCAUUUGAUAGAACUGUGCGACUUUGGAGUGCAGCAGAGCCUAGCUAUUCUUUACACACAUAUACUGGACAUAGUUCACAUGUGAUGUCACUAGAUUUCCACCCUAAGAAGACAGAUGCUUUCUGCUCUUGUGAUGGUAAUGGUGAAAUUCGAUUUUGGAGUGUCAGUCAAUAUUCAUGUACAAGGGUUUGUAAGGGAGGUAUGGCACAGGUGAGGUUUCAGCCUAGAAUUGGGCAGCUACUGGCAGCAGCAGCUGAGAACGUUGUGUCCAUUAUUGAUGUUGAAAGUGACAGGCAGACACUCUCCUUACAGGGGCAUUCGAAAGAGGUAAACUCAAUCUGCUGGGAUACAAAUGGAGAUUAUUUGGCAUCUGUAAGCCAGGAUUGUGUGAGGGUCUGGUCCAUGCCUUCAGGGGAAUGCAUACAUGAGCUUAGCUCCAAUGGGAAUAAAUUUCACUCCUGUGUAUUUCAUCCAAGUUAUUUGACACUGUUGGUGAUUGGAGGCUACCAGUCGUUGGAGCUGUGGAACAUGGCCGAGAACAAGAGUAUGACAGUUCCCACACACGAGGGUCUGAUUGCAGCAUUGGCCCAAUCACCUGUCACUGGGAUGGUUGCAUCCGCAAGUCAUGACAAAUCCGUUAAGUUAUGGAAAUAAGUCAGUUGGUUUGGCCUUUUCCGCUUCAUCACGCCUAUAGCGUUUGGUGUUGUUACCCAGUCAGUUUCCGCGGAAAUCUGCAAAAUGCUAAAAAUGUAUCAUUAGUUUGCUUUGUUUUUUUUAAUGCCCAUAGUCUUUCUCUCUCUCCUAUAUUUCUUUUCAUUUUCAUUUUAAAUGGAAUAAACUGAGAAAUGAGGUUCCCCUUACUGUUUUA